GUUCUGAAAGAUUAGACAAAGUAAAACAUCACUCCCUAUUGCCGUCCAACUGCAUAUCAUUCUGUCUGUCUUAUACCUUUUUUAUUCGAUUAAGAAAAAGGAAAAAGAAAAAAAGUCAAUAUCAUUUAUUAUGAUCAUCAAAGAUUAUUUUUAUUCGAAAUGAAUCUCACACUUCUUGGACGCGCUAUGGGUGGCAUGGUGCAUUCCAUCUGAAACAAAAAAAAAAGGGAAUUAUUAAUCUAUUGAAGGAACUGUAAAUCCAUUUUCUAUCUCAUCUUCUUCUUGUCUAGGAACUGUAAACAUAUUAACACUCUUUUCUGAAGAAAAAAAAAACAUCUGAAAUGAUUCAAUAAUUCUUCUGAAACACUCUGAUUAAUGAAGUUGACUCUAGCAUGAAUAUAGCUGCGAACAUACAAAGAUCGUUGAAUGACCCCUGCACUUAUGGCUGUUUUGGUCGCUCCUCUGGUGAAAGCCGCCGUCGGUUCAGGUAUAAAUGAGGUGAAGAAGGGAAUUGGUGUUGAGCAGCAAAUACAAGAACUAGGAGAUAUAUUAAGCAUUUAUGUGGAUCCCUGUGUAAAUGAUGCCCAGCUAUCAGUGGUUGGGUACAUGAAAGACGAGAGGUAUCAUUAUCUUUUAAUAGCUAAAAAUAUACUGUACGACUUCGAGGACUUUAUGGAAGAGUACAACAAUUAUUUUCGUAAAGAUCAAAGGAAGAUGGAUUGGGGCAAGGUGCACCUUUUGUUUCUACCGUCUUGUGUAAUGAGAAUUCCUCUCCGACAUGACAUGGGUUGUAGGAUAAAUCAUUUUCACGACAGAAUCAGGAAGUUUAAGGAAAACCAAAAAUGUGUUACUGGAAUUCCAAAGCAAAUAAAUCGGCAUUGCUUCAGUUCUGAAGUCGAUGAGUCAGUAAUACGUGGACGUGACAAGGAAAAACUCGAAGUAAUGCGAAUGCUGGGGUGCUCUGAUGAUAUGCCUGCAACUGACAGAAAUCAUGAGGUGGCCAGUGCAACAAUAGCCUUAACAAGCACUAGUACCACUGUCCCAAUCGUCUUUAUAACUGGUCCGACAGGCAAUGGCAAAACAGCACUUGCUCAGUUCGUAAUAAAGGAUAAGAAAGUGAAGGAACAUUUCAAAGACAACAUUUAUUGGGUAUCCGUAAGUGGACCAAUUGAUGAUAAAAAGAGACUUGCCACUGCAAUAAUCGAAGCAAUGGAGGGUACAGCACCUGUAUAUUAUGAAUGGAGUCCUCUGCAUAGGCAUUUGAGGGAUUGCAUCAAGACGAAGGAAAUCAUGCUGCUUGUUCUGGACGAUGCGUUUGGUGUUGACUAUGUGACAUGGGAUACAGAGCUGAAACCUUGCCUGGAUGCUGCUGCGCCCGCAAGUAGAGUUCUUGUCACUACCCAGCAAACUAAUCUCUCUACCAAGAUGGGUAUUUUCAGCAAAGACACACUUCCUUUAAGCGGAUUACUGGUUGAGGAUUCCUGGUUAUUGCUUUCUGAUACCGCUUUGCCAGGACAGUCAAGAAAACAGAUACGAGAGUUUGAAACAACUGGAAAGGAACUAGCACGAGGAUGCCAAGGCGUGCCCUUUGUGAUAAAAAAUUUAGGGUACGCCUUGCGCAAUAAAGAAACUCCACAAAAGUGGAAGACUGUCCUUCAAAAUGGUAUUUGGAACCUGAACCUCAUUGAAGAGGGGAUCACAAAUUCCAGAAAUGAAGGGUUGUUACCACCACUUCUCUUUGCCACAUAUGAUGCUUUCCCUUAUCAGGCCUUGCAACGGUGCUUCAAGUUCUUCGCAUGCCUACCAGAUGACUACGAGAUAAACAGAGACAUUCUGGUGAAACUCUGGAUGGCUCUAGGCUUUCUUGAUGGAACGCAAGGUGGUCAGAUGGAGAUGGAGGAUAAAGGUGACUUGUAUUUCGACUUACUAACGACAUGUUCAUUUUUGCACAUGUCUGAACCAGGUGGCAAUGUCUACAAGCUCUAUCGCCAUGUGCAUGCUUUUGCUCGGUAUCUAGCUGGAAAUGAGAGUUGCUAUUACACGGAAAUUGGAACAAGUUCCUGUGCAAAGAUAUGCAGUGGUGAUGAUACACGCCACUCUACAAUAAUCCUCAGAGAAAAUGAUACAGAAUUUGUUCCUAGUCCCUUGUUCCAUGCGGGAAAGCUACGAAUGCUGAAACUCAUGAUCGGCACUGGAUGGGGGCCGUUGAAGGUCCCAUCAUAUGUAUUUUGUCAGUUCCCAUAUCUGAGGGCACUGGAUUUGAGCGGCAUUGGCCUUACUGAGCUACCACCCGAGGUUAGCAAGCUAAUAUUCCUGAAGAUUCUCAUCUUGUCUGGUUCAAGGUUUGAAAAACUCCCAGAUACAGUUUGCGAUCUGAAAAGCUUGCAGACCUUAAUUGUGAAUGACUGUGAGGAACUUACUAAGCUGCCUCAGAAGAUAGUUCAGCUUACUACGUUGAGGCAUUUUGAAACGAAAAAUACUCCUAAACUUCGGAAGUUUCCCGAGGGGUUUGGGAAGUUAAAAAACCUUAGGACAUUGUCUAAAUUUGUUGUAUCUUCGCAAGGAAUAAGCAAAGGUGCCAACAUUGGAGAACUAAGAGAACUUAACUUAUUGCAAGGGCACCUGGAGAUCAAGGGAUUGAAUAGGGUGAAAAGUGGUUGUGAUGCUGUGAAAGCAGCACUGGCGGAGAAAAAAUAUCUCCAGUCUCUCUGCCUUGACUUCGAGCGUAACCUAUCGCGGAAACAAGAAAAAAUACAAAUCAUGGAACAGGUGCUUGAAGCUCUCAAACCAGAUCAGGGAAUUGAGAUGAAGAAUGUACAAGUUUGUAACUAUCCCCAAAGUGCCCGUAUGCCUAGUUGGUGGACGCCAACUACAAACUGAAAAUGAGCUACUGGAAUGGUCCUCGGGAUAUCAACAUCCAUCUUAAAAGGAGCAAGCCGAGGUACAUACCUUCGCAUUUGCCAAGUUCAAAUAUUUUGAAGACGAACCGUCUUUAAUGAGUGAUGGUUAUUUUCUCCUAGCGUUAAUGUUUGAGAUGUAUAUUUUCUGUAUAUAAAGUUCAAUUUUUUCUGUUUUAAAUGAAACAUAUAUUGACUGAGGUGAUGAUGGGCGGCGCUUUGUAAUCAUUAAUCUGUGUUUCCUUGUUGGAAACACUUAUAUCAGAUGUAAAUACUUGAUUCAGUUUGUAUAUAAUAGAUCUAAUCUAAUUAAAAACCAUGUUCAGGAAAA